UUUCCCGGCUGUGAUAACGUGUUACACGCAGACACAGAUGGGAGGGCUGGAGGUUGUGGGGCGGCUUGAUAAGGAGGUCGUAAAAUAUAAAUAUCCCCUGGUCUUACGGAAAAGGAAGAGUUUGUCAUCUGCAUCACCUCAGCGGCCAUUUAAAACCAGAAAGGAUUCUGCUCAGACGCAGUUACUCUGCAACGAUGCAAACUAAUCUUCUCCUGGUGACUCUGUGCCUCCUCGGUUCAGCAAUCCUCUGUGGAGGGCAGAGUACCCCAGGUCCAACUACUGCCACAACCCCAACAGAAGGCACUACUUUCAGUCAAUCACCUCCAACAACUGACUCCAUCCCAACCACAAACGAGACCCUCACAACAAACUCCACCUCUGACCCCACAGCUACAACAGAUGUAGGAAGUACACCUGAACCCUCAUCGGGUCUCUCAUCAGGAGCGAUAGCCGGCAUUGCUGUUGGUUCUAUUGCCGGGGUGGGUCUACUCGGUGGCGGUAUCUUUGGUUUGCUGAAGUACACCAAAAAGAUUUAAAUCUCUACAGAUAAGGACUUAAACGGCUGGAAAUCCAGGAAACCUUCAGCAUCCUGAUGAAGUUAAAGGGACCAAAACAAUCGUCAUUUUUGUCUGAAAGGCCCAAAUGUCAUGGGCCAUGAGGAAGACAAAAAAAAAAAA